AUGGAAAGGAGUUCGUCAUCGUACACCUCCGAGGCCCGCAGUGGCGUGUUUUGUCUCUGUAACACAGAGGCUCCACUAGUGACAUCGUGGACUGAGGAAAAUCCAGGGAGGCGUUUUUAUGGUUGUGGUCUACACAAGUGGCAUGAUCCAGUUGACAACAAUCGUCAAAAGAAGAUCAUUGUAGCCUUGAUGAAGGAGGUUGAUGAAUUGAAGUUGAGGGAAAAGGAUUUGCAAAGCAGGAUCAGUGACAUGAAGAUGAAGGAAAAAUUUAUAUGGAUUGUAUUGGUUGUUUAUUGGAUUGACAUAGUAGUGAUGAUAUAUUCAUUUGUGAUGGAUCGGAAAUCGUAA